ACAAUGGAAAAUCUAUACUGAUUUUCGCAGAGUAAUAAAAAGUUAAUACUGUCAGAGUGAAUGUGAUUACACUUUCUGGAAAUACCCUAAAAUUGUUAGCUUCUUCAUCAAUGAAGGGAAAUAUCACUGUAAAUUCAAGCAAUUUACAUGUUCAUUUUGCUUUUGUAGUCUGAAAUUUGACGAAUUCGCCGUUCGAACAUGUCUGGCUCAAACGACGGUGACAAGAAUGGGAGGAAACGUAAUCUUCCUUCAUGGAUGAGUUCAAGACCAGGCUCAAGUGGUUUGGGUCAGAAUAAAUCAAAUGAUGAAGGUGAGAUGACGGAGACAGCUGAGCAAGCGAAAGGUGGAAGAAAAACCAACCAUGGCAAAACACUUCCCGACGAAGCUGAGAACGAAGCACAUUUUUCAAAUUUUUCAAAACUUAUGGAAGGGGUUGUAUUUGUCCUAUCAGGUUUUGUCAAUCCCGAGCGUGGUACAUUAAGGUCCCAGGCUUUAGAAAUGGGAGCCAAGUAUCAACCUGAUUGGAACUCGGAUUCCACACUCUUGAUCUGUGCAUUUUCCAACACACCAAAGUUUCGUCAAGUUGAAGCAGAUAAUGGAACAAUUGUAUCGAAGGAGUGGAUAACAGAGUGUUAUAAACAACGGAAACUUGUUGAAAUUGAAACUUACUUAAUGCAUGCUGGCAAGCCUUGGAAACAUCAAAGUGUCUCUCAUGAAUCCAGCCAAGAUCAAAAACCAUCAACAUCUAGAAAAUCCCAUACAAGAGCACAGAAAAGUUCACCUGUUAAGACAACUAUUGCUCCUUCAUCUGAGGAGGUACAUUGUGAUAAAGUAAAAGAUGGUUUCUCUCCAUCUAAAGUGAAAAAAUGGGCUAUAGAUGAUCUUAACCGGACGAUAUCAUGGCUGGAGAAUCAAGAUGAAAGGCCAGAGCCCCAUGAGAUGAAGAAAAUAGCUGCUGAGGGAAUUCUAACCUGUUUACAGGAUGCCACAGAUUCUCUUAAGCAAGGGCAGGAUAUGCGUCAAAUAACUGAGCAGUGGGAAUGCAUCCCUCGUGCGGUUGAGGAGCUGGCAAAGUUUGAUGGUAGUAGUGUUGGUUCAGCUACACUGCACAAGGAUCUUUGCAAGCAAGCUGUGACCUGUAAACAAAUUUAUGAGCUGGAGUACAGAAAUAGAGAAGACGAUGAACUUUUGAAGAUGAAAGAGCAGAGAACUCGUGUAAGUGGAAAGGCUGGUGGCGCUGCCAAGGAUAAUUCUGCAUAUGACAGUGAUGAUACCGUUGAGAUGACAGAAGAGGAAAUUAACCAAGCUUAUAAUGCUGUAGCAUCUACCAUUAAAAACACUCAGCGAGUGUGAAAAUGGGGAGGUAGAGUAGACGGAUAUCGGCUUAACCUAAUCUUCAUUCCUUUCUCCUUUUUUUUUGGUUGUUUUAUUUCUUUUGGCCUGUGAAUGGAGAAAGAUAUAUUAGUUUUAUAUUUGAACUGAGUAUCAA